CGUGUUUGGAUACUUCAUGUUGUCCACGAUUUUCUAUUACGAAUUGAAUUACAGCUCGCGAGCAAGAAAGGAGGACUGGUGAGUAGUAAACAAACAUGGCGGGUUUCUCAAAUCCAAAAUUUCUUGCUCCUUCGCAUUUUACGAAACCAGACAAAGAUCCCGCAAGGAAAACAACAGCGGAUGGCACAAAACCUGUGCUUUUACCUCCGUCAACUUAUGAGAAGCAUGAAACUUUCCAUAAGGCUAAGAUCGGCAGCAAAGUACAGCCUGAACGAACCGAAAUAGUUGAACAAAAAGGUGAUCAUAAGCCGGCUUUAAAAAGCUUGCAAAAAACGGCAGAUCUCGCUGUGAACGAGGAGUUUUUAAACGAUGAAUUGCAAAAGGCGAAGCGCAAAAUUAGCGAGCUGCAACGGGAGAUUGUGAUUUUGCAGGAAGAAUCACAAGACAAGAAUGCACUUUCCGAAGUUGUUUGUCAACUUAAAAGGGACUUGAAAAGAUCAAGAGAGAAACUUAAUUUAACGGAGAAAGCUUGUUCGGGUAAAGGGCAAGAAUAUUUAGACAUGAGGUCUAAAUUGCAUGAGACAGAUAGAAAAUAUUCCAGUUUAAAGCAAAACUAUUCAAAGUUAGUUGAAGAUUUCAGGCGUUCUGCUGAGACAAACUGCUAUUUAAAACGGAAGAUUGAGACUAGAGAUUUGGAAUUUGAAUGUGUUGUUCGUGCUAAAGAACAAGAGAUCUGUGAGGCAGUUGCAAAACUGAAAGAGGUUUCUGCUGAGGGGAAUUUAAAAGCUGAUAUGCUCACACAAAUGGAAGGAAAGUGCAAAACGCUCAGUGAAGAAAAGAGACAGGCUACUGAUGAACAUGAUAGGAUCAUGAGGGAUAAGAUGAGAAUCGAAGAGGAGUUUAAGAGAUUACAAAUUGACAAAGACAGAAUGGAAGGAGAUUUGAGGAAAUCUGAAGAGGAGAAACGAUAAGUUUCAAAAUGAUUUUGAAAGGCUGUGUGUGGAUGUCAGCAAAAUGGAACAGCAAAGACAUGGGAUAGAACAGGAUAGAACAAGGCUGCAUGAGGAGAAAGUCAGGAUAAUGGAGGAUAUUGGGAGAAGUGAAGAGAACCUCAAAAAGAUUGAAGAAGGAUUUUUACAUGAGAAGAAAAAGUGUUCCACCUUGCAAGGUGAAUUACAAGAAAAAGAUAGUGUGAUAUCUGAUUUGAGAUCUUCUCUUUCGUUGAAUGAGGAGCAACUAAGCAGAGUGGAGAUAGAGUGCAAAGCUAAAGUGGAUGAGAUUGAAUACGAAUGCAAAAUGAAAGUGACACAACUAGAAAAUGAGAUGCAUUCAAAAGAUCAGAUUCUUUGCGAAAAAAGGAAAGAGUACCAAGAUAACCUGCUUCAAAAAGACGAAGAAGUCCGAAGUCUGUCGAAAACUGUCGAGCAACUUCGUUCGUACAUCGGAGAGAUUCGCCCGAGUCGAGAGGUUGAGAAACUGAGCGAAAACAACGAAGAGCUCACGAACAACUUACGAGCACUCACGGAGGAGAACAAUGUCUUGACGUCGACAAUGAAACUGCUGAACGUGAGGCUUGCGGCAAUUUCGGAAAUCGUCUCGAUUCAAGAAGCGGAACUGAGCAGGCACGGGGGUGUAGCGGGGUGUGUGAGGGAUAGGCAGGGUGUAUUGAGUACGUGGAGGGAAAAAGUGUUCGCACUCAUGGUGCAACUGCAGUCACAGAAAAUCGUCGAAAAUGAAACAAAACAAAAAGAGACUGCCAAGUUUGAAAGUUUAAAUGUCAAAUUUCAAGAGUCUGAACGAAGCAUUUCCAUUCUGAAUCACAAGCUCGCGGACCAGGAAGCUGCCGUUGAACUGGAAGUUAACAAACGCGUAAAACUGACAGAAGAAAAAGAGAAAUUUCUUGCGGAAAACGACGUGUUGAAGAAACGGCAAAAACAAUGGUCGACACAAAUUCAAGCUCUGCACAGGUCUACGAGAACAGUGGAGGCACUGGUAGCGACGACGUUGACAUGUCUAAACAAAGCCGUUGGCAGAGUAGCCUCGUUUGAUCAACGAUUAAAGUUCGCUUCCUCACGAAUUCUUUUUAUAUCAGAGUUUUUAUCUCACCGGGACUCACAACAGAAAUUAAAGACUUGUGAUGCCGUUAAUCAAGACAGCCAGACCAAUUCUGACGAGUUUCCUCGUGAGAAUGAAGAGCAUUUAAGAUCUGAAGUCCAAAAACUUCUGAAAGAGAGAACAGUGUUGUUGAACGAGACAAAGAAACACAACCAAACCUUGCAAGAAAAGACCUCCGCACUACAGGAACACUAUGAAACUAUGAUUGAGGAAAAAAAUAUUCAUAUUGAAAAGCUCCAAAUAUCAGAGUCUGAAAACAAACAAAGACUUUAUUCGUUGCAAGAGCAAGCGGACACCAAAUGCCAGGAACUUGAAGAAGCUGCGAAAACAAUCGAGGAGCUUAAACUGUCCUUGAGUAAAGAAAAAACUAUCUUAGAAGAAGAACACCGGAAAGCGAUGGGGGAAGAAAGACUCAAAAACGCCCAAGAUUUGGCCGUCUUGGAGAAGCAACUGAGCGAUGCUCGACGCGAGCAUACCAAAACUGUGGCCGCUUUGAGGAAUUCUGAGAGGCAAGCGAGCCGCGAGAAGCAGCAGGCUUCGAAUAUGGUCGCGAAUAUCGAGAAAGAAUAUGGAGAGAGGCUCGCGAGAGUUGAGAAGAGGUUGAAAGAUGUUGAGAAGGAAAGGAAUCUGCUGAUGGUCAGAAUACGAGAAGAUCGGAGUAAUGUUGUGAGAUCACGGCCCGUCUCCGGAAAAGACAACAGUGUCCCAAACGGUUAUGCCGUCAUGAAGAAACAAGAAAAAAGUUCCGAGGAAUCUGUUGCGAAGGGCAAAUCAGAGGCGAGCAUUAUGCAAGCCAAAGACGGCGUCGAGAGAGUUGAUACAAUUGAUGCUGUCGACGCUUUGACGGCCUUGAAAGAGAUCAAGGUAUUGUCGCAACAAAUUGUCAGACUGCAUGGAAAGAAUAACGAAGUGUCUGCUUCGGAUUCAGAAUUGUAAAUAAGAGAAAUAUUUCUUGAAAUAUCGAUUAUGAGAACGA